ACAAGCGAAGCCCCUCUAAAGCGACGUCGCAUUCAACGCUCGCCAUCCCCAACGUAUAAACUCGAUAAUGAAGACGACUCGUAUGAACAUUGCGUCCCUGUUGCCCAAAGCCGCGCAUCAAUGCUUUCCUCGUUGACCAGCAGUUCUGCACGGGAGAAGGCCAAGAUGCAAUUGGAGGAGCUAUUGGCAAAGGAAGGUGCUGAGCAGGAGGAAGAUAGUUGGAGGGAAAGAGCUUGGAAAGAGAGGACACUUCUCCUGGAGGCACAAGAAAUGCACUCUCGCAAGGCUGGCGAGGAUGUCAAGAAGACAGAAAUUGAAAAAGCGGAGGAGGGUAUCUCUUAUUCCGAGUCACUGAAGACUUCUUGGCGACCUCCACAGUAUAUACGUGACUGGACAGAGGAGCAGCACCGGCACGGAGAAGACAUUCCACCCCUAAUCGAGCACUUCGAAGAUAUGAAAACACCGCAGCGAAUGCUACAUUUUCUAAGGUCCAAAAAGAUAUUUACUCCCACUCCAAUCCAGUUGCAGGGUAUACCCACAGCGUUUUUAGGACGUGACAUGAUAGGAAUCCCAUUCAGGGCUUCUGGGAAAACGCAUGCAUUUUGUUUGCCACUUAUUAUGAUGACCUUGGAAGAGGAAGUCAUUCACCCACGGCGAGGACGUAUGAAAAUGUGCUUGCCUGGACAGCCGCGCUUGCAAAGGAUGGCAAAUAUCUCCGACUGAAUGCGUUGCUUUGUAUCGGCGGUAUAUCCAUGGGCGAUCAAAGUCAUGUCCUCAAUAAGAGUCUACAUAUCGUCGUUGCUACCCUAGGUCGGUUGAUUGAUAUGCUGGAAAAGAAACGGUUUACAUUCAAUAACUGCAAAUUGCUGUGCAUGGACGAGGCUGACUGUAUGAUUGACCUGGGAUUCGAAGACGACGCGCGGAACAUCAUG